AUGAAAGAGUCACCAGUCCUCCGCUUGGUCCUGAGCCUUGCGGCCUUCGUCAUUCCCGUGGCGGCCGUCAAGAUUCCUCAGCCCGUUGGACCAGUUCAUCAAGAUAUUCAGGGACCCAUAGUAUGGACUGCUUGCCCCGGCGAUAUUCGACCGUUCAGAGGCAGCAACAACUCCUUGGCUCUUCAAUGCACGAACUUCUCAGUUCCACUGAAUCACAAUGACCUCGGUGGCCCUCAAGUCCAACUAGGAAUUGUGAAGCUGCCAGCUCAAGGCAAGCGCAUCGGCAACCUUUUUGUGAAUCCCGGCGGACCAGGGGGGGCAGCGUCGAGCAUGCUUGUCGGGGUAGCCUCUAAGCGACUUUACAUCAGCGAUGCAGUCCGCCAAAACUUCGAUAUGAUCGGCAUGGACCCUCGGGGCGUUGGCUUGAGCACACCGCAGAGAUGCGACACGAACCUGGCCAACCAGCCGAGUGAGUUCGAUGCGACCACGCCCGAAGGCUUUCAGAAACUAGUUGACUACAACAAAGCUGUCGGCGAGUCUUGUCGAGCGUUGACGGGCCCCCUUUUCGAUCACAUGGACACCAUCUCUGUGGCCAAAGACAUGGAAGCUGUGCGCGUUGCUAUUGGAAACGAGCCAAUGAACUACUUCGGGGUGUCAUAUGGAACUCAACUGGGUGCCCAAUUCGCUGCGUUAUUCCCGGGCACGAUACGUGCCAUGGCACUUGACGGGAUGCUGCAGCACACCGGGUCGUAUGCGUCAAACAUCAUGACGCAGGCAACUUCCUUGGACGCGACUAUACAGGAAUUCUUCCGGUUCUGCGAAGCCAACGAAAAGAACUGUGGGGAGGAUGGCCGGAAUAUCAGGCAGACCUGGGACAAGGCCCUCGAAGUUGCUGCCGCGGGAAAUCUCAAGGCCGCCGAGUGUGACGGGACAAUCAAGACCCGGUGCCUCCCGGUAGCCACCCCAAACAACAUCAUCGGCGCCGCCAGAUCUACCUUGCAAUUCUCGAAAGAUCGCGGGAGUUUUGCGGAAUCCCUUAAAAGUGCGGCUGCCGGCAACGGGUCUUCCUUCACCUCUCGUCUGCUAUCCGGAGACGUCUUUUCAGACUCCCGGUCGUUGUCGAUCACGACCGUGCAGUGUCAAGACGGGCACUUCCUCGCCGCAAAAGACCAUUUCGAGGUGCAGCGGAUAGCCGAGAUGACCCGGACCUUCACGGGCACGCCGGGCAUGGCGGAGUUUUGGCGCAGAGUCAUCGACUGCACCGGCUACCCGGUCAACGUCACCAACCCGCGGGCGGCUCUGAGUAUCAAGAACACGCAGAAUCCGGUGCUGCUGGUCCACUCGAGGUUUGACCCCGCGACUAGCUUUGUAUAUGCGGCUGGUAUGGCGGAGGAGUUUCAGGACGCAACGCUGGUUCUCAGAGACGGGUCGGGUCACACGAGCUAUCUCUUGGAGGGCGACGCAUCGCGCCUGGUGGAUGAUUACUUGAUCAACUUGAAGAUCCCGCCGCGGGGAACAGUGGUUCAGAGCUAA